AACGUCUGUUCGUCCCAUUUUUCAUUCCGCCUUCCUGCAGUUUCAGCAUCGGCAGUGAAAGAUGAAGUUAGCAUUCUUGCUCCUCUCUGCCCUCCUCGCCGUCAACGCGGGACUGGUUGAGAAGCGAGGAGCAGCGAAGAGCGGAAAGCUAUUCGUUUGCUACUAUGGGAGCUGGGCGGUGUACCGGCCCGGAGAUGGGAAAUUCGACGUGGAGCACAUCGACCCGAACCUCUGCACCCACCUCGUCUUCGGAUUCGCAGGGCUCGGCGACGACAACAGGAUCAAGGUCCUCGAUCCAUGGAACGAACUCGUCGACGAAUGGGGCUCUGGGAAAGCUGCUUUCCGACGAUUCAAUGCCCUGAAGAACAUCAACCCAAGUCUGAAGACCAUCUUGGCUGUCGGAGGAUGGAAUGAAGGGUCUGUCAAAUACUCCCAGAUGGCCGCAGACCCUGCCAAGAGGGCCACAUUCGUGGCGAGCUGCGUGCAACUCCUCAAGGAACACGGAUUCGACGGACUGGACAUGGACUGGGAAUAUCCGGCCAACAGGGGAGGCACUCCCGAGGACAAGGCGAACUUCGUGCAGCUGCUGAGAGAUCUGAAAGCAGCUUUCGCUCCGCAAGGGUUGUUGCUCACAGCUGCUGUUUCUGCAGGGAAGGGAACCAUCGACACCGCCUAUGACGUCCCAGGCAUGGCUCAGGCACUGGACAUCAUCAGCGUGAUGGUGUACGACAUGCACGGAGCCUGGGAGACAUUCACUCACCACAAUGCUCCGCUCUACGCUCAUCCAAACGAUCAAUCCGGAGAAACCAAGUACUUCAAUGCCAACUUCAGCAUGAACUACUGGAUCAGCCUCGGAGCUCCGAGGUCAAAAUUGGUGAUGGGCAUGCCGAUCUACGGACGAGGAUUCACCUUGUCUAACCCGGCACAGAAUGGAUUCUACGCUGACGCUCCUCAGGCCGGCAUUCAAGGUCCUUACACUAGGGAGCCUGGGAUCCUCGGAUUCAACGAGGUAACAUCCUUCGCUUACAAACAACACGAUCUCCCCUUAGUAUUAUAG